CAAGUCUGCCUGCCACGGACCACGGAGCUGUGUGCACAUGAGCGGAGGAUCACAUCUGUAGCACUGAGAUGACAGACAUGGAGCAAACAUGUAUACGCAGUGCCAUCACUUCCAGAGAUGACAAAGGAUAUUCUGGAAGAGACUUUACAAUCCCUUGGGGUGGAGACCGAUGAGGAUUUCCAGUUUGUUAAGGAAGCAGAUUUGCUGUCAGCUUUGAGGCCAAUUCAAGCCAGAAAAGUCCUUGCUGCUCGGAAGCUGAGAUGCCAGACUCCUGAAUCCAGCAGCUCAUCUGUUUGUGUCUCAGGCCCAGGACCUUCUGCAUCCUUGCCGUCCUAUUCACCCAGAAGUUCAUCCUCAACCUUUUCCAACAGCUGCAAAAGCCCUGAUAUAGACUGGAUGGAUAGCUUUGUGAUACCGUGGGAUAAGUUCCCAGAGGAACUGAUGCAGACACUGGAGAGAGGAAAACGACCUAGUCCACAAAUGAGAAGAGAGAUGGUACGGAUUCUGGUGUGUGAAAUGAAGCGAAAAAGUACUUGCUUAAGUAAAAUACACACUAUUGAAGUUGCAAAAAAGAUAGUGGCAAAGUAUCCUACGUCUCUUCAAGACAUAAUAGAGGGAGACGUGAUCGGGCCAGGGUAUCACUCUCUGGUCAAGCAAUUACAAAAUAGGAUAGAGAAUGUGAAGCCAUCCACGACCCCAAAAAUAAGAAAACGAAAGAAUCGCACAGACGAAGUCCCUCCAGAACAGAGAGCAGCAAUCCAGGACACUUAUGGGUGCAUUAAAUGGGAUUUAAAAUUCCUGCCCCUUGGGGAGACCGAAGAGAGCCAGCAGGAGAAAAAGGAAAAACUGAGGGUGAUGUCUAAGCAAACUGAUGCAAAUCCAGAGGAGGUCAAACUUCUAAUGAAGUCAACGUUCUACACGCAGCGUAAACAAGUCAACCAGGGGAAAAAUAUAAAAUCCCUCCUGCAAGAGUGGCCGUUUUGGUUCGACGACCUUGGCAUGGCAGUCCACUUCAAGGAACUCACAGGAAGUGAGCUUCAAGAAACUUUCACACGGAAUUUGGAUCUGAAGGGGAAACGACUCCUGAACUACAUGAAUACUGUUGCUGUGUACAAGAGCAAAAGGUUGCUACAGGCUGUAACCAAGUUUAAAGUGAUGAGAGGAGAGCUAAGUGGUUGUUCUGAAGACGUCAAAGACAUGGUGCUGCUUCUACUGUCCUACUUUGAUGAGAAGGAAGACACGAUGUUCUGUUAUGUGGAGGACACAUGCCUGGCAGAGGAAGUACAGAUGGACCAAGUUCAGUUGACUCCCACCAUUGUUGUGUGUGGACGAUCAUGCUAUUCUUCAAGGCGAUUCAUGCUGAGUGUGGAUCGAAACAUAGUACAGGACAACAUCCCCUCCUUGGUUUCUGCCCUGUCCGUGAUGUUUGGGAGCUACUAUUGCUUCAACAUCGCCUACCCGUCAGAGCUGGCAUCCACCCUGGAGUUUGUCCAGAGGUGUUUUUUCUCCAUCAACCCAGAGAAGGGCACCAAAGUGGAGAAGACACGCGCAUCCCGUCUUCAGGUGAACCCGAGAGUCCUCACCUUGAUACAGGAACUUUGGGACCAUGAGUGGCGUGAUGUCUGAAUAUGGACAGUAAGAUCAAUGGCAUGUGGCGAUGUGCCCAAGUUACAGUUUGUUUGAUUGUUUAAAUUGUAGAUACAAUUUGAAGUGCCUUUUUUUUAUGUUCUUUUAACUAAUUUAAAAAAAUGCAAUAUGUAACUCUCAAAAUGUCAAACUAUUCUUUUAAGGUCAUUGUAGCCACUCUUGCGGUUUGCUGUUACAAAGUGAAGUUGCUUAAACAAUCUUCAUGUGGAUGUAAAAGCUCAGGACAUUACUGUUGAGUGUAAAAAUGUUGACGUGUUUUGUUUUCCACUUGGGUUUUUGCUUCUGAAGUGAAGGGUCUCUGCUGACCCUACCUCUUCACCUAUCUCACUUAGACACACACUGACAUAUGUUUUGCAACUGUAGCUUCAUCACGUACACACUUCCUUUAGCAAUGAACAUGUAUUCAACUAAGACAAUCCCUUAUUUUGGCUAAGUUACAGCUCAGUCUGUGGCUGUGACAGUCGAGUAUUAUAUUAUACAGGUGCCCACUAUAAGAGAUGAGACAUAUAAAGUACUAACAUAUAUGAAAACAUUAUUUCCCAUAAAUCUGAUGUGAUGUAAGUAACACUCACUUCCUAUGUUUGCCUCCUUUGCCCCUUCAACAAUAUUCUCCUCCUCUUGCUUUGUUUUUUAAAUUCCCACCUCGUCUGUCGCCGUCAUCCUUUUGCUCUUCCUCUGAGUAUUCCUUUUCUUUUCUUCUACUUUUCCAUCCUUGUCUUUCUUCAUUAGUUGCUCCUGCCUCUUUCUUCUCUCCAAUAGUUCAUCAGCCUCCACAUUUCCCCCACUUAUCCUUCCCUCACUUGCACCCUGUUCCUCCCUAACCUUGUUUAAAAUAACUUUGGGUUGUCUCCUCAGACAAGAGACAAAAAGGGAGCAGAGGGAAGGGUCUUCAGGCAGCUUUUUGACGCCCAGCUGCAUCAUACAGGUCUUAAGAGCUGCUCUGUCCUCUACUCUCUCACUUGUCGUGUUGCUUAUCCUCUUUUUCCCAGAUGUAGUCAUGCCUAAUAUUUCCUCAUCGGAUUCACUUUCCAUCAUGUCAGGUUGCUUGUGUUUCAUUCCGUUGCUUUCCUUCCUCUCCUCUUCCACUUGUUCUUCACCUUUGAUCGAGUAUUAUAUUAUACAGGUGCCCACUAUAAGAGAUGAGACAUAAAGUACUAAAAAUAUUUAAAAACAUUAUUUCCCAUAAAUCAUUUGAUGUGAUGUAAGUAACCUCUCAACUUUGUUCAGCUUGAAUUUCCUGGACAAUGUGAGCUGUUUGUUUAUUGUGCAGCCUUAGUUUGUAUGUGUUACCAAUAUGUAUGUUGAGAAAUGACAGAUUCUUGGAAAGGCAAGUUCUUGUUGGAAUUUGUUCAACUUUUAAUACAGUGGCUCUUGAGGUGUAUCUAGCUUUGCAUUUUUUAUUUUAAGUGCUUAAUCUGUGUACCCUGGAUUACAUUCUUCACAUUUCUGGUAAUAGUCAAACAUAUAUAUACGAAGGCAGUGUAGUUUAAAUGAAAUCUUUCAGUCUGACUAAUGUAUAGGAAAAACAUUUUUUUCCCACUGAGCAAUAAUCCUUCCAGGCGGUUUUAUACUAUAUAUUUGAGAUUGAU